AUGUACAACAGUGAUCUUGGUUCACAACUCAUCAGAAAGACUACUCGAAGUCAGGUUCCGCCGGCUCCACAUAAGCUUUUGACUGAAUCAAGCGUUCUGAUGUUGGAUACGAACAAGUGUCCCCUAUGUAUGAGGAGAAGGACGAAUGAUACGGCUUUGUCCGUGUCCGGUUAUGUGUUUUGCUAUUCUUGUAUAUACGAUCAUGUGAGCAAAUUCAAGACGUGCCCAGUAACAGGGUUGCCGUCUACGGUAAAUGAGCUCAUUCGACUAUACAUACACUGA